AUGACAAAGCAACAACCAAAGCAACAACAACACCAAUUUUAUUCUUCAACUUUAAUUGCUUCAAUUAAAGAUAACCAAAUAUUUAUUCCUGCAUUUGUUACUCUAAUUAUUUUGGUUAUUACUUCUCUGGUAUUUUUCUUCUAUAAACGUAGCAAGGCAAAGGCUAAUACAAUUUUGAUUAUUGGACCGUCGGGAUCUGGAAAGUCUACAAUUUUUGGAAAGCUUGUUAAUCAAAAAAAUGAAUGGUCUACAGUUUCUUCUGUUCAAGAAAACAUUUAUUCUGACUAUCUCUGUAAAGAAGGAUUGGACAAACCUUUCAUUUUGGUAGAUUAUCCAGGUGCUGAAACCUUCCGAAAGGCUUUAUUUAAUAAAUGGUUUAAUGAGGACGUUGCUGAGUAUCUUUAUGAUGUUCUCUAUGAAACUAAAAAUACAAAGAUUCCGGUUUUGGUGGUUUGUAACAAACAAGAUUUGGCUCAUGCUAAGGCUGGACAGUUAAUUGAGAAAUUAAUUGAACAAGAAUUUGGUUUAAUUAAUAUUUCUCGUGAAGCUGCUCUUUCGCUUACUGAAGGUUCUGGAGAUUUGUCGUUGGCUGAACAACAAAAAAUUUUGACAAAUAAUGGACAGGAAUUUAAAUGGGAAAAUUUGAAUGAUGGCAAGAAUAAGGUUUUUUCUUGA